AUGAAGCAGAAGGCCACCGUCAGCGUCUCCCGGCGCAAGUCGCGCAAGGCGUACUUCACCGCCCCGUCGCACGUCCGCAGGAAGCUGAUGAGCGCCCCGCUGAGCAAGGACCUCCGAAGCAAGUACCAGGUGCGGUCGCUCCCUAUUCGCCGCGACGACGAGGUGAUGAUCGUGCGCGGGCAUUACCACGAUCGCGAGGGGAAGGUGACCCAGGUGUACCGCAAAAAGUGGCGGAUCCACAUCGAGAGGGUGACGCGCGACAAGGCGAACGGGCAGACCGUGCCCAUCGGCAUUCACCCCUCCAAGGUCACCAUCACCAAGCUCAAGCUGGACAAAGACCGCAAGGCCCUUCUAGACCGCAAGAGUGGAAAGGGCAAGAAGGGCGCCAAGUACACCGACAAGGAUGUUGACAAGUAG